AAAGAUGGCAGAUGGGAUAGCGGUGAAUUUCUAGAGAUUCGAGUUAACUCUCUGGCGCAUAUCUACCAUACUCAUGCAUUUCCUUCAAGUGCACUAAUUCAAGAGGCACAAGUCAGACCAGGUAGGAAACUUUCCAAGAAAGGUGUAUUCUCAGCAUAGUUUUUUGAUCCUCUAAAAAUGGCCACCACCUUGGAUAUUGAAAUAUUUAAGGUAAUCAACGCAGGGAAUUUCUGGGCUCACCCUGUUGCUGGUCCUAGCAGCGAAUUCCAAGACUUUAUGGGAAAACUGAAUGAUCAUUUUAGAAAGGAUACAAACUCACAAGCUAAUAAUCAGGUGGAGAAGGGUCAGAUGUGUGUGGUAAGGCGGACCUCAGAUAACUGCUGGUAUAGGGCAAGAGUUCAAACUGUAUUACAAACAUUGAGUGGACCGCAAGCAAGUGUUUUUCUUGUGGAUAUGGCAGAGAGUACCUUGGUUCCUUGUUGCAGGAUUAGGGAAAUACCAGAGCUAUUUCAGAAUAUCCCAUUUCAGGCCAUGGAAUGUUUGUUAGUUGGUGUUCAACCACUUGGUCUUGUUACAUCCUACUUUGAUCUGACUACCUCGAAACAAGUUACUGAUCACUGGGAUGAAGCUGCUACAAACCUCUUUAAAACCCUCAUACAAGGAUGUAAGCUUCAAGUUACCAUCCAUAAACAAGAUGAGAAAGGAAAGUAUCAUGUGUUACUAUUGGCUGACUCUGGGUAUGCUCAGGUUUGUGUCAAUGAUGAAUUGGUGUUAAAUGGCUUUGCAACUAACUUCUCUGAAGAUUUAGAAAAACCAAGAAUAAAAACAACCAAAGCUGCAAAACUGAAAGCGAUGGGAGAAAAAUUCCAAAAGGAAGGUGAAGAAAUGCUGAAAAAUAUGAAGGAAUAUGUCAGACAUGGCAAGUUCAGCGGAAGUGAAGAAUCAAACAGCACUGAUGAAGAGUCUAUGAGCCAGCGAAGCACUAAUAGGUAUUUGGGGAUAAGGGAAUCCCCUUUGGUUGUGUUAAGACAACAGGUUUUAGGACAUGGAUCAUGUCAGGAAAACAAUAGCUCACUUCAAAAGCCUUCAGCGAGACUUCCAGAAGGUGCGUGCGAGGGCCUUUCGUCUCAGAGACUCUCAGAAGAAAAGACAUUUAGCAGUGAAAAGUCAGAAGAUGAGCUAAUGCAUGGAUCUAGAAAACCGGCAGCAGCAUCGAGUGACAAUAAUUCAGGAAGGGUGCGAUUUCUGUCAUCUAGACUGCCAGCAACAGGUAGUGGUAUGAGGGGAGGUUUUCAUCCAAUGUCAUCAAAAUCUCCAGAUGCCGUGAAUCUGAAGCCCAUUCUUAAAAAGAAAAGUGCUCACAGUGGAUCUUCCACUGAGGCAGAUGAAUUUCGUCCGAGAAGACGGGCAGACAGAGACGGUUCAGGUGUUUCCUACUGUGAAAUACCUGAAUUUUCCUCUAAUGGCUCUAAUGGUGAAAUCUUUCUUAAAGAAAUAGAGGAAAAAGAACAGUCCCCCCGAAAUAGUUCAAUAAGUGUAGAUACCUUGUUUAGCCAACACAACGUUAGAUUGCCUUUUGAAAAUUCUAUUUCAGCUAAGAGGAUAGUUCAGGAAACUGAGUCACUGUCUAAAACUACUGCUGUGGCAAAUAGAAAUGAAGAGGAUCGGCAAAGAUUGCUAUCUUCAAUAAAGACCCUAAAAGAAACCUGUGAGAGAGACUGCGGGUCAACUUUAGAUCCCUCUACAGAUUUAGUACAAACAUGUGAGCCUCCAACGACUAAAAGCAGCUCAGAAAUUGCAUGUCGCUCUGAACAUUCUCCAAUACAAUCCUCAACAAGCUUACAUAUGGUUGAAGGGAGAAAUUUAAGUGAAAAAUCUACACAAUUGUCUCAACUGUUGCAGACUUCUUGUGGUUCUUUUGGAAAGUCUCCUCUUCCUUCAGAAAUACUAUUACCCACACAGAAGUCAGCUUCACCAGUACAACGCACAACAAGUGGAAAAAAGUUAUUAUAUUCUGAUGGUGUUAUUGUUUGCUCAGAGGGUGCACCUGCUCCAAAGCCGGUCUUUUCACCAGAGUUUUGCCCAUUUCCUCAUUAUUUGCUUCGGCUUGGUAUUUUGAACCCUAGCUUACUUCAGGCACAUGCUUGGCCUGCUCUUCUGAGAGGACGUGACCUUGUAGGCAUUUGCCAAGCAAAUGAUGCACAAAUACAUGCGUACUUACUGCCAAUUAUUUAUCAGUUGGUAGAAGAAAGGGAAAUUUAUGCGGAUCUACCAAAGUUUUCAAGUGGGCCGCAGUUUCUUAUCCUUGCUUCAACAUGGGGAGCUGUUGUUGAUAUCUUCAGGCAAUGCAGGCUCAUUCUAGCUAAAAACAGGAACAUUCGUGUGCAGCUGAUAUUUGCUGCUGGUGCAGAGGAGAAUCAGAUUAUACCACUAGUGAAUGGCUGUGAGAUUCUGAUUGCUACACCACCUUGCUUCCUUCGAAUGCUCAGGAAAUGUUAUAUAUCCCUUGAUCGACUCUGUCACUUGGUAUUUCAUGACGCGGACAUAAUGGUGGAGGACUUCACAUCUGAGAUCAAAUGCAUCAUGAGACACUACGCCAAGCUAUUGAAAUCCCAACCCUGUCGUUCAGCACCACGCCAGGCAGUUGUCAUGGCUUCGUCUUGGAGUGUGGGUAUAGCAUCACUGGUGAAGGCAUAUCUUGGGAAUCCUGUGGUGUUGAUUCCUGACAUGAUUGAAGCAGCUAUCUACAGGGGUGUGCAACAAAUUGUAACAUUUUGCUCCGAGAGCCAGAGGGAUGUGGAACUUCUUGGUUACCUGGAAUCGUUUAUUAGCACAAAAGACAUUUGUGUUUUCACAUCUACGGCAGCGGAAGCAGAGAGCGUAGGACAAAUCCUGAAUGCAAACUGUUAUUUUGCUCUUGUGGCACACAAUUUUCUACCACCUCAUGAACUUGACAAUAUUCAGAGACAGUGGAACACUCCUCACACCACUGAUACUAUGCCAGUUCUAGUUAUAGCGGAAGACGUUAUUGGUCAGAUGAACAUCACAAAUGCCUCAUGUGUAAUACACUUCAACUUUCCUGGUUCAAAGACACGAUUUAGCAAAAGACUCUCCACUCUAGCUGGGACUUUUACAUCAUCUGAAGAGCAUGGCUGUGUCUCUGUUAUUUUUGUGACUGAUGGCCGAAAUAUGUAUCACGCUCCUUCCAUACGUCAGCUUGUACAGAGGUCAGGUCAGGAAGUUCCACAACUACUUGAUGCAAUGGCCGACCUUGCAAAACAGGAAAAAGAAAAGGUUAAGGAGUUGUGUUAUUCUCUGAAAGCUUUUGGAACUUGCAGAUACCAAAGGGGAACGAGAAACUGUUUGCAGAGACACUCAGUGUUGGCAGAGUUGGAUAAACCAGCAAAAGGAAUUCCUACGUCUGGCAUAGUUAAGAUACUGAUUACGAGUGUAAUGGAUGCAACUUGUUACUGGGUGCGAAUCCUUGAGCACAAACCCUCCGAUGCAAACCCGCUGAACAGUCGAACUGUAGACUGCACAGAGUUCCUGGAAUUAACAAUGGCAGUCAGUCGAUGGUACGCUGAUUCAAAUCAUCGGGUUAAGCAAGAGUUGGUUUCUGUUGGUGACCUGUGUGCUGUGAAGCUAAUUAACAGCAGUUCCUACAAUAGAGUGAAAGUGUGCUAUGUAACUAAGGAAGAUCACAGUAAAAAGCCAGUGGAAGUGCGGGUUCAAUAUGUUGACAGGGGAAAUUUUGAAUGCGUUCAUGUGGACAGACUUCUGCAGUUGCCUCCCCAAUUUCACUCCUGUCCCUUCCAGGCAGUUGAGGUGUUCGUGUGCAGAUUACAACCUUUGGAUAAAGACACUGACUGGACUGACGAGACGGCAGCAUAUAUCACACGCCUCAUUGAAGGCAAGGAAAUGGAAGGAAAAGUUGUUUUGAGCUUAGGCAACACGAUGUGGCUGGAUCCUUUGGUCGAGAGGAAAUAUCUUCCCAACAUCAAUGUUACGACCAAUGCGUUGAAUGUUAGGAUGGAACUGUUGAGGGAAAAACGUGCAGCUGAAAACAAACAGCACGUGCGCUUGCUGAGAAACCUUUGUGAGGGGGUCAUUGUUUUACAGCCUCUGGAAGGAGGACAAACUCGUGUUUCGGAUGUCAGUGAACAGUUGCCUGCUCUGGAAACAAGUGUGCUACCUGAGGAAGGAUUCCACUCUGUGUAUGUGUCUGCUGUGGAAAAUCCAGGACUUUUUUUUGUCCAGCUGAAGUCUUCAGAAGAAAGCUUAGAGGACCUGAAGCAGAAGAUUAACUCUGGAGUCAACAAAGUUGAAUCGGAGGAGAACGAGAUCCCAAUUGGCUCGCUCUGUGUUGCAAAGUUUUCCGAAGAUGACCUUUGGUACCGGGCGCGUGUCCUGGGCAGCAGGCCAGAUAAAGAGUAUGAUGUAUUUUAUGUGGACUUUGGUGACAGAGAGUGGGUAACAGCGGACAGGAUUGUUCCAGCUUGGAAUGACAUCCUUCAGCUGCCCCUCCAGGCUGUUGAGUGCUCGCUUGUCCACGUCGAACCUCUUGAGAAAGAAUGGAGCGAUGAGAGCAGCGACGCUUUCUGGGAAAUGGUGACUGAUCAGUUACUAUUCGCAAAGGUGAAAUCUAAGAGUGCGUCUCUGGUGGCUGGAUGCCACAGAUUUGCAAUUGAACUCUACAACACUAACACAGAACAUGACGUCAUUAUCAGCCACGAGAUGGUUGCAACGGGGCAUGCGCAGACGUCUGCUGAAGGAAUUAAGAUUUUAUUCCCGCACUCUUUUAUUUCUAGUGAGCAACACAAUUACAAAUUUUCAUACCAAAGGAUACCAGAUAUGUGCUUACAAGCCCAUCGGUGUUUGGAUCUAGUAAAGAAAGCAGAAAUUGUGAAGGAAGUGCAGAGCAUUGUCCUGAAUAACGAGAAAUCAAAGGAUGACAUAAGGGAUUGUGGCGGUGUUCAGGCGCUUUGUCGCCUGCUGAGUCUAAGCAGAGAUCCAUUGGUUCUUCAGCAUAUUCUAGCAAGUCUUGCAUCUCUUUCAUUUGAUAACGCAAGUAACUGCGACGAAGUAACAAGCCAAGGUGGACUUCAAACAAUGUGCUAUUUGCUAGGAAAGACGAAAGACAGCAUUAUCCAAGAAAGCAUAGCUUGGGCUUUGAAGAACCUGGGAACCACAGAAAGAAAUCAAAAUGAGGCAAGAACUCGAGGAGGGCUCCAGGCUUUUUGUGAACUUUUAAGAACCACCAUGGAUGACAAAGUCUUGGAAAGAGUGACGUGGGCUAUUGGAUCUCUUGUAGAUGACAACACCAGAAACUGUCAAGCCGUGCGGGAUUGUGGUGGCCUGAAAACAAUGUGUGAAUUGGUCUCACUGACUUACAGCGAAAAUGUUCUAGAGCGCACAAUGUGGGCGCUAGGAAACUUAGCUAUCGACAAUCAGAAUCGCAAUUUCAUUCGACAAUAUGGAGGCCUUGAGAACAUUUGCAAAAAGUUGCAAGAAUCAACCUCACAGCAGAUCAUAAAGCAAGGUGCCCUGACGCUUAAAACUCUGGCGAGUAGUAAUCAACACAAUAAGGAUGUUAUGGUCAGACUGGGAGUGAUUGGUACACUUCGAAGUUUAAUGACAAAUGAGCAGCAGAGUUUAGGUAUCAUUCCUCGCCGUGUGUGUGGCGAUCUACUGCAGCGUCUUCUUGGCUCAGCAGCUGGAAACAUCCAUACAACAAGCUCAACCGCUACAGCACCUGACGAUAGAGCCCAAGAAUGUGCGAUCGCUUCUGGCAUAAUCGUAAAGCAAGAACCUGAGACGAGAUCAGUCAAUGGUCUGGUGCAGAAUGGUGAUAUUGACAAUGAAGAUGACGAUGACUUACCCCCUCUGGGUGGGGAGGACAGUGACGAGAAAAAUGAGAGGAUUCCGUCUGCGAUGAUCACACUAGCCCCAAAUACUUCUGAGAACCUUUCCCCGAGGGAAAAUUUCUCUCGGUCGGAGACGCAAGGAAUUGCUGCAGCUAGGUCUACUGUAAGCGUUAGAAAUCACGUUGUGCCUCGUGCAGAAGAGAAUGAUUUAGACCCAUUUAGGUGAGCUGGUUUUAAAAAUUGCAAUUGUAUGAAGACUGUCUUUGAAUGAGAACAAAGCUUUGGACGUCGGGAUUGAAGAAUCCAUGUUUGGGCUGGGGUCUCCAGUUACCGACUUUCUGAACCUUCCCCCCCUCUUUAGUGAGCACCGCUCCCCCCUUCCCAUCCCCUGGGAAAAACUGUAACAUUAAAACACCACUGGCAAUCAAUCAAAAUAUCAAUGCUGUAGCCAUGGUUAUACCGCAG